AUGCCUUCAAAGAUUAACUUGCAAGAAACAGAUAAAUAUAUUGAUUAUGAUACUUUUCUAUCAGACAAUUUUGAUGCCAAUAAUUAUGCAUCAUCUAUUAUAAAACAAUCGCAAGAAGAUGACACAACUGACAUUGGGGUUGAAUUAUCAAAAUUAACUUUUAGCAUUGAUAUUGUAAAUAAACAAAUUCAGGACACGGUAGUGGCAAAUUAUGAAAAUCUUUUAAGUCAAGUAACUGGUAUUAAAGGUUUAGAACAAGUAUUGAAUACAAUACAAUCAAAUAUUGAUAAACUCAAUAACUCACUUAAAACACUAUCGCUAAAAAUCAAAACUCCAUAUGAGCAACUAUCCGUAUAUGCACGGGAAUUGGAAAACUUACAAGAGACUAGCGAAAUACUAAGAAAACUACAUCGUUUUAUUUUAUUAAAACGACGUCUCGAUAGUCAAUUAACAAUUAGUGAUCGAGAUGUUGCAACAGCAGCAUUGACAAUGCAUGAAUUAGAUGUCAUCAUGGCAGAAAGUGAUUUUGAAGGUAUUGAAGUUGUUGAUUGUGAAUUAGAAUUUAUUGAAAGAUCAAGAUUUCAUAUUGAGGCAGAGGCAGAUACAUUGUUGAAAGAAGGGAUUGAAGGACAAAAUCAAGCUAAAAUGGCUGUUGGUCUUCAAGUAUUCUAUAACUUGGGACAGAUGACGCAGCGUGUUCAAGAAGUAAUUAAAAAUAUGUUGAAUAAUUUGAUUCAGAAUAUGAAAGACGUUGUCGAGAUUUCUAGUAACAAUGAAGUAAAUAGUCCAACCAUGACCUCGGUACGAAAAGUGAAUAAUAUGAAUGGACCCUCGAAUCAGUUGACAACUACUAUUUGGGCUCGAAUGGAAAAUUUAAUGAAAAAGAUGAGUGAUGAAUGUAUCAAGGUUUAUAGUUUAGAAAAAGUACUAGAAAUUAAAAAGGAUUCACUAACACAGGUAUCAUUUCUAGAAGAGGUUUCUAAGACAUUAGAUACAACUAGUCUUGUGAGUUAUUUUUGGCGAGUCCUUUCUAGUCAUUUUGAAAACGAAUUAAAGACAGCGACAAAGAACUCAAAGUUAUUACAGACUAUAUUUGUUGGAGAAUAUCCAAAAUUGCUAAAGUUAUUACAUGAUUUCUUUUCUCGUGUUGCCAUCUAUAAUGGUACUUCUUUAACAGAUUAUUCACAAACGCCAGAAUAUGUGAUUAUGCUUCGAAGUUUCCAUACCUUUGAAAAGAGUUUUCUUGCAAAAUCUUUGAAGAAAAUGACAGAUAUCAUUAUAUCCACUUUCCCAGUCUAUGGUACUUUAUCAAGGUCUCCUCCUAGUAGAAGCAAUGUAUUGAAUAUUACUCGCGUUAUUGGCAAUGAACUUGAAACUGCUUCUUUUGAAGCCAAUUUAUUACAAGCUGUAGCUGAAAAUGCAGUUAAGGCAUUAAGCAUGUUUUGUAAUAAAUGUGACAAUUUGUUACCCUCUAAUGAUCAGCCUAUUUAUACAACAAAUACAUCUAAUUCAAACUUGAACAACUAUUUGAAUAUAAAUAUUGAGAUGGCUAAUACUUUAUAUUACAUGCAUCAAUCUAUUUGGAAGAUAUUAGAAGAAUAUCCCGAUAAAGUAGUUGAUAUCGUUAAAAAGGGAGCUGAUGAUUGUCACAAACUGAUGAUGAAAAUUGGAAAUAAAUUAGUCAGUUUGAUAAAAAAGGAUGCAGAGACUGUAUUAUUAAAAAUUCAUCAAGAAGAUUUUUCAAGGCACUUAAAAAAGGACAAUUUAGAUACUGAGGCUGAUUCAAGCAAUUAUAUGAAAGAAUUGGCAAGACAUGUCCGCUACUAUCACGUAACUAUUCUUCAUAACUUGUCCUGUGGAGCUGAACCUAAAUCAUGGGCUAAACAAAUCAGUAAAUAUAUACUAUAUGUCUUUAUAUUUCAAGCAAGUAUUGUAUGUCCUUUAAAUGAAGUAGGCAAAUUGAAACUAGCAGGCGAUAUGGCAGAGUUAGAGUUCACAAUCAGCCAGUUUUUGAGUGAAUAUGGGGCAAGAAUGGAAGAAAUUGGAAAUGAAUAUAAGGCUUUAAGAGCUUUUAGACCCUUAUUGUUCCUGGAUUCUGCACAACUGACAGCAGCACACCAUACUUCUGGUUUAUCAAAAUUAGUUUUAAUUCAUCACCUUAUUGUUCGUUCUCAAAAGAGGUUACCCUUACCACAUACAGUCUAUGAUUUAUCUAGACAAGAGUAUAUGAAAUGGAUGGAAACACAGAGUGAUGAAAAAGAAGCUGUACAGCUUGCAAUGGACGCUAUUACAAAUGGAAGCAAAUUAACUAAAGCACAAUUAGAUGAAAUUCCUGAAUACAAACUAAUUCUUCAGAUUGUAUCAGAGGAAGACCAAUAA